CCGCUCGCUGAUUGGGUGCAGACGGCUGCGCUCGCCGCUCAUUGGCGCAGGCGGGCGCCCCCGCCCCUUCCGCGCUGCUGCCCGGCGUAGGCGCGGUGCGGAGCCGCAGCUGCCCGCCCGCUCGUCUUCACCCAUGGCCGACACGGAGCUCUUCGGUGCCCAGCAGCCGCAGCAGCCGCUGUCCGGGAACGGGAUGCCCGACGGUGGCGAGGAGGAUCCCGCCGCCGCUUUCCUGGCGCAGCAAGAGAACGAGAUCGCGGGCAUCGAGAACGACGAGGGCUACGGCAUCCUGGAGAACGGCGAGGUGCCCGAGGCGCUGCAGGGUCCCGAGGGCCUCGGCUUGGAUGCUGUUGAUGGAGUGGUUAACGGGGAUGUCUAUCAGAGUAAUGGUCCCACAGACUGCUAUGCUGCCAUCUCCCAAGCAGAUCGACUGCAAUCAGAACCUGAAAGUAUUCGUAAGUGGAGAGAGGAGCAAAAGGAGCGCCUGGAGCAACUUGAUGCAAACUCGCGAAAGCAGGAAGCAGAAUGGAAAGAGAAAGCAAUAAAAGAAUUGGAAGAGUGGUAUGCAAGGCAAGAUGAAAAGCUCGAGAAAACAAAAGCCAGUAACAGGGUGGCAGAUGAAGCUUUCUACAAACAACCCUUCGCUGACGUGAUUGGUUAUGUCACAAACAUAAAUCAUCCUUGCUACAGCCUAGAACAGGCAGCUGAAGAAGCCUUUGUGAAUGAUGCAGAAGAAGUUUUUCCGGGCACUGAGUGGGAACGUGUGGCUCAGCUCUGUGACUUUAAUCCCAAGUCUAGUAAGCAGGCAAAAGAUGUGUCCCGCAUGCGUUCAGUCCUCAUCUCGCUCAAGCAGGCUCCGCUGGUUCGCUGAAGCAAAGCUCAGUGGAAACACUAAAAUGCAAUAUCUUAACCUUACUCAGAGAAGUUAUGUUUGCAGUAAUUAAUUAAUUGUUUCAAUGUGUUUUUUUGGACCACAUCAUGAUGUAUCUAGAGCUGAUCAUUGUUUGAUUGCAUGUUCUUCCUGAUGUUUCCUUUCUGUGUCUGAAAUGGGAGAACCUCCAAAAUUGUAGUCUCUGUGCUGUUGUGCACUGAGGUAUCACUUCCCACAUUACUGAUAUUAAAGAUGUGUUAAACAGCAAAA